AUCAUGAAUAAUACUAAAAACAUAAUUAGUCUUGAUGAAAUGAAAUCAUUUAUGACCCGAGCACUGGUAUCAGUAGGCAGUGACCCCCAACACGCGGCACAGUUAGCUGAACUACUGGUUACAGCUGAUUAUCGUGGUCAUUUUAGUCAUGGACUAAAUAGACUAGAUUUAUAUAUUUAUGAAAUCAAGUCAAAGAUAGCCAGAUCUCAUGGCAAUCCAAUUAUAUUAAAAGAAAGUACAGCCACGGCAUGGGUCGAUGGGAACAACCUGUUAGGUCCAGUAGUCGGUAUGUUUUGCAUGGAUUUGGCCAUAAAUAAAGCAAAACAGUGCGGCAUCGGUAUGGUAUCAGUUAAAGGUAGUAAUCAUUUUGGAAUAGCUGGAUACUAUAGUAUGAUGGCAUUGAAACAUGAUUUACUUGGUAUGUCAUUUACUAAUGCAACACCAAUAGUAGUACCCACUCGUGCUAAACAUCCGUCAAUCGGUACAAAUCCGAUAUCGGUGGCCGCACCGGCACUUAACGGUGAUAGUUAUGUACUGGACAUGGCCACUACGGCAGUGGCCAAGGGUAAACUGGAAAUACAAGACCGUAAGGGAGAGCCCAUACCAGAGGGCUGGGCUAUUGACCGAAAUGGGCAACCAUUGGACAAAAUGGACAAUUUUUAUGCACUCUUACCGCUGGGCGGCAGCGAAAAGUCAAGUGGCUAUAAAGGGUAUGGACUGUCAAUGAUGGUUGAACUCAUGUGUGGAGUACUAUCGGGUGGUCUGUACGGACCGACAAUACGUGAACAUUCAACUAGUAUGGAGCCGAUGAACUUGAGUCAUUGUUUUAUAGCUAUAAAUCCAGCAUAUUUUGCACCGGGAUUUGAGGGACGGCUAGAAAAUUUGCUAGACAUGUGUCGCAAUCAGGAACCAGUAGACGGACAGCUGGACGUAAUGGUUGCCGGAGAUCCUGAGCGCCAACACAUUCAACUGUGCGACUCAUUGGGUGGUAUACCCUAUCAUAUUAAACAAGUAGAGUUUGCGUUUCAAAUAGCUGAUUCACUUGGUAUUAAUCGACCAUUGGUUAUUGAAAAAUAA